AUUCCUCAGUGCUGAUGCUUAAUUUUCAAAACUUCUAUAUUACCAAGGGACCUACGACAUCAGCCGAGAAAUACCCUGCAAGUACAAAAUCCGUGAGCCAGCCCCGUCCGUGCAGAGGGGAGACGCUCGCGUUCCGCCAGCUUUCUACCAAAACCGAGAGCGCGCAAAAGGGGAACUUUUCCACCUCUCUCGCUUUUUCUGGAGGAUUUUAAAGCACUUUAAAAAAAUUAUUAUUAUCGUUAUUAUUACUAUUAUUAUUCGAUCGGGUCGUAGAGGAGAGUGAGACCAAAAUAUUACGGGUUAUUUUGGAGAAAGAACAAUGUCAGCGACCUUCCCCGGACUUGUCCACGACGCAGAGAUACGUCACGACGGUUCAAACAGCUACCGGCUCAUGCAGCUCGGUUGUCUGGAGUCGGUGGCCAACUCCUCGGUCGCCUACUCCUCCUCGUCGCCGCUCACCUACCCAGCGCCGGCGGGGACGGAGUUCGCCUCGCCCUACUUCUCGGCCAACCACCAGUACACGCCCCUGCACCACCAGUCCUUCCACUACGAGUUCCAGCACUCCCACCCGGCCGUGGCCCCGGAGGCCUACGGGCUGAACUCGCUGCACUCCGGCCAGUACUACCAGCAGAUCCACCACGGGGAGCCCGCCGACUUCAUCAACCUGCACAACGCGCGCUCGGCCCUCAAGUCCUCGUGCCUGGACGAGCAGCAGCGGCGAGAGCUGGGCUGCCUCGACGCUUACCGGCGCCAUGACUUGUCGCUGAUGACGUCACACGGUUCUCAAGCCUACGGCGUCGGCAUGCACCACCCGGACCAGAGGCUGCUGCCCGCCGCCGGCCUGGGCCUCCCUCCUCCGGCAGCAGACGACCUGCAGGGCUCCGUGGAGGCGCAGUGUGGGCUCGUACUGAACGGCCAAGGGGGCGUCAUCCGGAGAGGGGGGACGUGCGUGGUGAAUCCCACAGACCUGUUCUGCUCCGUACCGGGUCGCCUCUCGCUGCUCAGCUCCACCUCCAAGUACAAAGUCACCAUCGCCGAGGUGAAAAGACGACUUUCACCGCCAGAGUGCCUCAACGCCUCCCUGCUGGGCGGCAUCCUGCGCAGAGCAAAGUCCAAGAACGGCGGUCGGUGUCUUCGUGAGAAACUCGAUCGUUUAGGCCUCAACCUGCCGGCAGGACGGAGGAAAGCUGCCAACGUCACGCUGCUCACCUCCCUGGUGGAAGGUGAGGCGCUCCACCUGGCGAGGGACUUCGGCUACACCUGUGAGACCGAGUUUCCCAGCAAGGCGGUGGGAGAACAUUUGGCGCGGCAGCACAGCGAGCCGAAAGAGACCAACGCACGCAAGAAAAUGGUUCUGGCAACAAAGCAAAUCUGUAAGGAGUUCCAGGACCUGCUGAGCCAGGACCGCUCUCCUCUGGGCUCCUCCAGGCCGACCCCCAUCCUGGACCUGGACAUCCAGAGACACCUCACACACUUCAGCCUGAUCACUCACGGCUUCGGCACGCCGGCGGUCUGCGCGGCGCUCAGCACCUUCCAGACGGUCCUCAGCGAGAUGCUCAACUACCUGGACAAAAACUCGAGCGGCAAAACGAGCGGACCAAACGAGCAACAGAUCAACAGCAGCUCGGAAAAGACGCAGCUCCGGAAAACAGCCGAAUCCCAGAACAAAGACGGGAAGUCAGAAAAGACUGAGUAGCAUCUCUUACCCCCCAACACUCACACACCUGGUUGCCGUGCCUUGGAGCGCUGAAUCUUAGGAGUGUAUCUGUGUGUGUGUGUGUGUGUGUGUGUGUGUGUGUAAGUGCUUGUGUGACUCUCACACAUUUUGAAUAACUUAAGGAAAUAUUUAUUCCUAUUUAUUUAUCUUAUGUGGAAGUCCAACACUAAUUUAAGUUUCCCGAAUAUAGAAAGUGACUCAUAUGAAAUACAAAAUAUUACAAAGUAUUUCUGGUCUAGUUUCUGGUGUAAAUAACUAAAUACAUUUAAGACAAAACUAAUUUAAAAGUAACUUUUCAGCUCUUGUAAAUUAUAGAAAAUGUAUUGAGUGAAACUAAUCUUUGAUUCAAAACGAGCUCCUACAUCUUAUUGAAAAGUUACUCAUUUUGUUUUGUUUCAAGUGCACUAAGAUAUUUGCACUAGGAACUCGACCAAAUAUACUUGGUAGUAUUUUGUGUUUUUACAGUGAACAUUUAGUUCUUUAUUUAUUUAUCCUGAAAAAGUUUUAUUUUUCCAGAUCAGGGUGUGAAGCUCUACAAAUCAGUGCAUUUGUUCUGCAAAAAACUUAAAAUGUUUUCCUGCUCUGAUAACUGAUCUGUGCAGAUUGUUUGAGGAGUAACUGAUUCAAAAUCUAUUGCAAAUUUUGACAUUUUAUUUCUCUGCAUUUUUAGCAGAUCAGAUCUGAAUGCAGAACUCUGAUGACCUGAAGAGCUCUUGAACCUCGAUCAGGAUUUUUAUGUUGAAUCGCCUUGCAAAUGGUUUCAUGCCGCUUGACUUUUUUCACUUUUUUGUCUCGUUGCAGCCACAAGCAGAAACGUUUCAUUUGGAUUUUAUGUGAAAGACCAACACAAAGUUAAGCUUAGUGCAAAAAAAGAAGAAAGAACACAUAUACAUUUUAGUUUUUUAUUAUAUCAUGCAAAUAUCUUCAACAGAUUCCCCCAAAUUACAAUAUAGUCCAAUCAACCACUUCAGACUUCACCUAAUUAGAAAGUUAUUAAAUUGUAGCCCAGUGAUGUCAAACACAUUUUGGUUUUGGGCCAAAUCCAGAUUACAAAUGCUCUUAAAGGGCCGGUUGUGGAAGAAUGUAUUGAUAAAUCCUGUUCACAAACUGUUAAAAUAUUAAUGGAUUAUUAAAAUUAAACAAUAUUAUUGAACAUCUUUUCGGUCCCUCCAGGAUUUUGCGAUUCUUUUUGUGAUAUUUUCCAAUAAAAAUCAAGUGUUUGUGGUUCUAAUCUGGAAAUAUUUGUGAUAUUUCAAUUUUUUCAUGACUCAACUUUUUAUUCCUCGCUGUACAGAUCAUGGACUUUAAUCUGACAUCAAUAACAACUCAGGCAGCUGUUUAGAAAGAAAGUUUUUGACAAUUUUUGAGAAAAAUCGGCAAUUAACUUCCGAUUAUGUAUUGGCGCAAAGAAAUGUGGGAAUUUGUUGAUUUUGUGUGAAUUUCCAUAAUAAUUCUCAAGAAACUGGAGGAACUGAUUGAUAUAAUUUGGCAGUAAACCGAUAAAAACUGCACUGAUUUGAUUAACAUAACAUUUAAUCACACUUAGUAUUAAUCUAGAAUCUAGCGGGCCACAUAAAAAGCUACGGCGGGCCGGAUUUGGCCCACGGACCUCGAGUUUGACACGUGUUCUAAGACAAUGCAGUGAACAUCUUUUCAGGUAAUUAUGAGAAAAUGGAAAGAGUGUGUCAUGACUGCAAAGGUCGUCCAUCUAAGAAAAUAUAACAGUCAAAAGGGCAAAGCAAAAUUUAUUUUCUUGAUAAUUUGCAUAAGAUUGCGUUGUGCCUCAUUGUGAACACCAAUGCAAAACAUGGUGGUGGCAGUGUUAUGCUGUGGGAAUGCAUUUCUUUAGCAGGGACAGGAAGCUACUCAGAGUUGAUGGAAAGUACAGAAAAUAAAAACCAGUCAGAGGCUGAAAACCCCAAAACUGAAAUAAAUCUGCAAAGCUGGUAGAAACUCACCACAAAAGAGUGACUGCUGCACUGCAAAAACAAAAAAUCAAGUUUAGUUUCUAGUACAGAUGUCUUAGUACACUUGAAAUAAAGCAAAACUAGGUUACAGGUAACUUCAGUGAGAUGAAGGAGUUUGUUUUAGGUCAAUAAUUCCUUAAUUUUGAUGAAUAAUGAGUAUUAGAAAUAAUCUGCCAGUGGAACAAAAACAUUUUUCCUACAUCAGAAGGAAAAAUGUUUUUAACUUUAUGUUAAAAAACAUAAAGAGGAGGAUUUUUUCCCCUCUGAUGUAGGAAAAAUCCUACAUCAUUAUUUCCUACAAUCCUACAUCAGAAGGAUUGGAGGAAAUAAUCUGAAAUAAUCUGCUCCACUUCCAGAAUUUUUAUUUUUUUUCAUCAAUAUUAGGGAGUUAUUGGGUUAAAAUAAGAUCUUAUUUUUGCUAAAAAGUUCAGUUUUGUCUUAUUUCAAGUGUACAAAAAUAUUUGCACUAGAAACUAAACCAAAAAUACUUGGUAAGUUUUAUGCUUUGACCUACAGGUUGAAUAUUUUUCACAUUUUUUGUCUGUGAAACAUUUUAUUUUCCUUCUGCCUCAUAAAUUUGUGCUUUGUUGCGUUGAUCUAAGUUGGUGUUUGUAAUUUAAGAAAACGUGAAAAUGUUGGCGGUAUAAACACUUUUGCACGGUUCUCAACUCUGCAGGCUGCACUGGGGUGUGUGUGAGUGUGGUUUUCUGGAUGAAUGUGUGUGUGUGUGUGUGUGUGUGUGUGUGAGAAAAAGAGAGAGAGGGAGCUAAAGCAAGAGAGAAGGGUCCAACUCAGCCAUUUUGUAAAAGAGUGACUUUGCUUUGUGCAUGUCUGUCUUUGUACACGAUCCAGAUUGCAAGUUAAGCCGACACGAGCUCUCCGACUCGCUCAUGAACAUUUGUACAGAUAUAUAUAAAUAUUUAAAUAACUUUUCUUGUAGGCUUUCGACUAUAUAAAUGUUAAAUCCCUACCUUCUAAAA